CCUGGUUCGGUCCUGGUUCAGUCCUGGUUCAGUCCUGGUUCAGUCCUGGUUCGGUCCUGGUUCAGUCCUGGUUCUGGGACAUGUUCCUCAGGGUGAUGCUCCGGUCCCUCUGGUGUUGGGGGGUCCUGUGUGCAGGGGUCCUGUGUGCAGGGGUCCUGUGUGCAGGGGUCCUGUGUGCAGGGGUCCUGGCAGAAAACAACUCGGCAGACUCUUUCAGUGUGAGGCUGGUGGGACCCAGUCGCUGUGAGGGGGAGGUGGAGUUUCAGAGACCAGGUCUGGACUGGACUACAGUGGAUCCAUCGUCUGUGACUCUUGGGUUUGGGGCCAGAUUGUGUUCAGCGCUCGACUGUGGCACUGUUCUGUCUGUGGAGAGAAAAACAGGUCCAGAGAGAAAAGUCCUGACUGUUUCUAACAACUGUGAAGAAACAUCUGUGAGUCGCUGCUUCAAAACUGAAACAUCUUCCUCACGCAGAGUCUGGAGCUCAAGUGUUCAGAGUCGGUGCGGUUGGUCUCGGGGUCCGGUCUGUGUUCAGGAUCAGUGCAGAUCUGGGACGGGUCCUGGACCGGGGUCUGUGACGGGGACUUGGACCAGCGGGGGGCAGAGGUGCUGUGCAGGGAGCUGGACUGUGGGGCUCCUUCUCUCCUCCAGGGGGCGCUCUCUCCUCUGGGGCAGACGUUCCACUGUGAGGGCCAUGAGUCUGCUCUGAUGGACUGUCCCCGCUCCAACUCAAGGACCUGCUCCUCUGGAGCCACUGUCAACCUCACCUGCUCAGAGCCGCUCAGGUUGGUGGGAGGAGCCAGUCGUUGUUCUGGGACUGUGGAGAUGAGAGUCAGAGGAAAGUGGAGACGAGUGUUUGAGUCCUAUGGACCCUAUGAGAAGGAGGCUGCGGUUGGUGUGUGUAGAGACCUGAACUGUGGCUCUGCUGUUUAUGGAGAUCGCAGAGAUGAUUUUCCAGUGGGUCCUGUGUGGUGGGUCUCAUCUGACUGUGUGUUGAAGUCUUCAGUGAGAGGAUGUGUCUCUGGCUUCUUCUUCUUCUGGGGGUCU